AUGGCCGCGGUGGUGGCCAAGCGCGAGGGGCCGCAGUUCAUCAGCGAGGCGGCGGUGCGGGGGAACGCCGCCAUCCUGGACUACUGCAGGACGUCUGUCUCGGCCCUGUCGGGCGCCACGGCGGGGGUAAAAAAAAAGCACGGCUUCAUCUUCUACUUCCUGGCUUCCGUCCUCCUCUCCGUGCUCUUGGUGUUAAAAGCCGGACGGCGAUGGAACAAGUACUUUAAAUCCCGAAGGCCGCUUUUCACGGGGGGGCUUAUAGGAGGGCUCUUCACGUAUGUCCUGUUCUGGACUUUCCUGUACGGCAUGGUUCACGUCUACUAAACCGACUAGGAGCCGCGUUAGCCGCAGCGGUUUUUAAUGAAGCAGGAGGACUGUUGCCAAAAGUCACCUACACAACUAGGCCAGCUUACCUUUUAAACUGUUGUUCAUCGCUUGUAUUGUUAAUACUGUCGGUAAAUUAUGUCCAAGUACAAAUGAAUCGGUAGUACUGUUCCAAUUAAACUGAAUGUGAAACACCGCUUGGAUGCCUCCGAUAUUUGUCUGAUGGUUAAGGAAUAACUUCUGUCCCUAACUGCAGGCACAGCCAUGG